GCGAGGGGAGGGGUGGCGGGAAUCGACCCGGCGGGCGCAGGGUCGCGCUGUGUCUUCGGGGGGAUUUCGUGAGGAGAGGUUCGGAAAUGGCGGUGCAGCCGAAGGAGACGCUGCAGCUGGAGGGCCCGGCCGAGGCGGGCUUCGUGCGCUUCUUUGAGGGCAUGCCGGAGAAGCCGAGCACCACGGUGCGCCUCUUCGACCGCGGCGACUUCUACACGGCGCACGGCGAGGACGCGCUGCUGGCGGCCCGCGAGGUGUUCAAGACCCAGGGCGUGAUCAAGUACAUGGGGCCGGCAGGGGCCAAGACCCUGCAGAGUGUUGUGCUUAGUAAAAUGAAUUUUGAGUCCUUUGUGAAAGACCUUCUUCUGGUUCGUCAGUACAGAGUUGAAGUUUAUAAGAAUAAAGCCGGAAGUAAGGCCACCAAGGAGAACGACUGGUACUUGGCAUUUAAGGCUUCUCCUGGCAAUCUUUCUCAGUUUGAAGACAUUCUGUUUGGUAACAAUGACAUGUCAGCGUCCGUUGGCGUCGUGGGUAUUAAAAUGUCCAUGGUCGAUGGCCAAAGACAGGUUGGAGUUGGGUAUGUUGAUUCCAUCCAGAGGAAGCUGGGACUAUGUGAGUUCCCUGAUAACGAUCAGUUCUCCAACCUUGAGGCUCUUCUGAUUCAGAUUGGACCAAAGGAAUGUGUUUUACCAGGAGGAGAGACUUCCGGUGACAUGGGGAAACUGAGGCAGGUUGUUCAGAGAGGAGGGGUUCUGAUCACAGAAAGAAAGAGAGCCGACUUUUCCACUAAAGACAUUUGUCAGGAUCUCAACCGGUUAUUAAAAGGCAAGAAAGGAGAGCAGACCAAUAGUGCUGUCUUACCAGAGAUGGAGAAUCAGGUUGCAGUUUCAUCAUUAUCCGCAGUCAUCAAGUUUUUAGAGCUUCUGUCCGAUGACUCCAAUUUCGGACAGUUUGAACUGACGACUUUUGACUUCAGCCAGUACAUGAAGCUGGACAUGGCAGCAGUCAGAGCCCUCAACCUUUUCCAGGGUUCUGUUGAAGACACCACUGGCUCCCAGUCUCUGGCUGCAUUACUGAACAAGUGCAAAACUGCCCAAGGACAGAGAUUGGUCAACCAGUGGAUCAAGCAGCCUCUCCUGGACAAGAACAGAAUAGAAGAGAGAUUAGAUUUAGUGGAAGCUUUUGUAGAAGAUUCAGAACUGAGGCAGACUUUACAGGAGGAUUUGCUUCGUCGCUUUCCAGAUCUUAACCGACUUGCCAAGAAGUUUCAGAGACAAGCCGCGAACUUACAGGACUGUUACCGGCUGUAUCAGGGUGUGAACCAGCUCCCCAGCGUCAUACAGGCUCUGAAGAAAUACCAAGGAAGACACCAGGCAUUGUUGACGGCCGUUUUUGUGACUCCUCUUACUGAUCUUCGUUCUGAUUUUUCAAAAUUUCAAGAAAUGAUAGAAACAACUUUGGAUAUGGAUCAGGUGGAAAACCAUGAGUUCCUUGUAAAACCUUCAUUUGAUCCUAACCUGAGUGAACUAAGAGAAGUAAUGGAUAGCCUGGAAAAGAAGAUGCAGGCUACGUUAAUAAGUGCUGCCCGGGGUCUUGGAUUGGAUGCCGGCAAACAGAUUAAAUUGGAUUCCAGCGCACAGUUUGGAUAUUAUUUUCGUGUGACCUGCAAGGAAGAAAGAGUCCUUCGAAACAAUAAGAACUUCAGCACAGUGGACAUUCAGAAGAACGGAGUUAAGUUUACCAACAGUGAACUCUCUUCUUUAAAUGAAGAAUAUACUAAGAAUAAAGGCGAGUAUGAGGAGGCCCAGGAUGCCAUUGUUAAAGAAAUUGUCAAUAUUUCUUCAGGCUAUGUGGAGCCAAUGCAGACGCUCAAUGAUGUGUUAGCUCAGUUAGAUGCCGUGGUCAGCUUUGCUCACGUCUCAAAUGCCGCACCCGUUCCUUACGUACGGCCAGUCAUCUUGGAGAAAGGAACAGGAAGAAUUAUAUUGAAAGCCUCCAGGCACGCUUGUGUUGAAGUUCAAGAUGAAGUUGCCUUUAUUCCGAAUGAUGUGCAUUUUGAAAAGGAUAAACAGAUGUUUCACAUCAUCACUGGUCCCAAUAUGGGAGGUAAAUCAACAUACAUCCGUCAAACUGGGGUGAUUGUGCUCAUGGCCCAGAUCGGGUGUUUUGUGCCGUGUGAGUCAGCAGAGGUGUCCAUUUUGGAUUGCAUCUUGGCUCGAGUUGGGGCUGGUGACAGUCAGCUGAAAGGUGUCUCCACGUUCAUGGCUGAAAUGCUGGAGACUGCAUCUAUCCUCAGGUCAGCAACCAAAGAUUCCUUAAUCAUCAUUGACGAACUGGGAAGAGGAACAUCUACUUACGAUGGAUUUGGGUUAGCCUGGGCUAUCUCAGAGUACAUUGCAACGAAGAUUGGUGCCUUUUGCAUGUUUGCAACCCAUUUCCAUGAACUCACUGCUUUGGCCAGCCAGAUACCAACUGUCAACAAUCUGCAUGUCACAGCGCUAACUAGUGAAGAAACCUUAACUAUGCUUUACCAAGUGAAAAAAGGUGUCUGUGAUCAGAGUUUUGGGAUUCACGUGGCUGAGCUUGCUAAUUUCCCUCGGCAUGUGAUUGAGUGCGCCAGACAGAAAGCUCUGGAACUUGAGGAGUUUCAGAACAUUGGAACCUUCCAGGGACGGGAUGAAAUGGAACCACCUGCCAAGAAGUGCUACCUGGAAGAGAGGUUGGUCAUCUUGGCUUUAGUUACUGGUCCUCUGUUGUGCGUAUCGGGAACCAUGAUGAGUCUGGCUUCCCCUACAGGGUUCCAGUACUUGAUUAUUGGUCAUUCUUACUGGUUCAUAUUUCUUAGCAUAACCAAAACAUAUCCCUGGGUUGGUUGUUGGUGGUGGUUGGGUUGUUUUGUUUUGUUUCAUUUUUGACAUAGAGUCUCACCAUAUAGCUCUGGCUGGAAUUUACCAUGUAGACUGCGUUGACCCAGAACUCACGGAGAUCCACCUGCCUCUUCCUCCAGAGUGCUGGGAUUUAAACAUGUGGACCACCAUUCCUGGCUCCCAGCUUCUCUCUUUCUCUUGAAUUUCUAGCCAAUAUUCCUUUGUAUGACGAAAGGAUAUGGGCCAGAUGUAGUCCUGUGAGAGCACAUGCUUAGCACGCAGGAACCUCUGGAUUUAGCUCCUGUCGUCCACACUGCCCCCCAUCUCCUGUCACACCCACACUGCCCCCCAUCUCCUGC